AUGGGAGUUUGUCAUUCUAAAAAAACAUAAUAAAAAACUCAAUAACCAUAAGACCUCACAAUUAGCAAUUAAUAAUCUCUUCUUCCAGUUAUUAGUAAACUAGACGACAAUGAGAUAUUAGAAAAAUCACCAGAGCACGAUUCAUAAUAAAGUGAAGUCGAUUUGCUCGUAACGGAUGAGCUUCUAAAUAACCCACAAUAAGCUGCAAUUGAUUAAUAACAUAGAGACUAGAUUAAAAGACAUGUUAAUGUUUAACUACAUCAAUAGGACAAUUUGAAACGAUAUGUAGUUGUCUUUGAUAAAUUAUACAACUAAAAAAGAAAAGUUCCCAUUUUAUUUUCUCUCAAAGAAAGUACUCUGUUAAAGAGGAGAAGAUCAGGUCCUUGCUCUUGA